AUGACACUUUUGCAAUAUUCUACAUUAUAUAUAAUUAUAUUAACUGCUGUUGUUGUAACUAUACCAGUUCUAUGCGGUGUCCAAGUGAUUCCGGAACGCGUGAAAGUUGUGUAUAUGAAUGAGAAAUACUUGUACAACUACACCUUCGUCAUCAAGCGCUACAGUCGCAGGGGCCCGUACUGCCUGAAUGCGGAGGCUACCCUUAAACACGAGUGGAACAACAAUGUUACGAUCAAUUUAAUCUUCAAUGAAUUCCUUCACAACGAGUACCGGCGCUCGUUCAUAGAACUACACUACAAAUAUUGCGAUCUGUUGAAAAAUGAAAAAUAUCUUGGGGCCAGCAUCGCCGCCUAUGGAAUUAAAUGUCCAAUGGCGGCUGGGACGUAUCGCUUCAUGAACUUCACAACACCCAUGGAAAAGUUUCCCAACGUGUUUCCAUACGAGUACGCCCGCGUCGACAUAGAGGUCACUGUAACGGCCACAAGCGAGAGUAUCGUCAAAAUAUAUUUCUAUGCACAUUUUAAAAAUAUGGUGCACAAGCAU